AUGAUCCUAUCAUUGGCUCUCGCAAUAUUUACAGGUGCUGUGCGUGGCGCAAACCUGAACCUCACCGCCGACGGCUGCGUCGAUGAAGCCGGCUUUCUGGGAUGUCAGAACGGAAUCAAGCCUUACCAGCGAGGCUGCUCAAGUCUUGAGAAAGAAAUCAACUGCUUUGCCACAUUUUGCUGGAAUAAAGCUUACCAGUGCGAGUAUCAGCAAUAUGCUAUCAACUACGCCGGCCAAUGUGACCCGUUGUCUCCUAUUCCGUUCUUCCCAGCUCCAUCGAACGUGACCAGCGGCUGUUCAUGCAACCUGGGAAAUGUGUAUCUGGCCAUCAAAAGCACCAUGUCGCAAGGAGACUCCUGCCUUGAAAGUACCAGGAACCAGGGUAACAAGGUCGAGUCAGAGGGAAAUGAUCUUCUCACGAUACAGGAUGGAGAGCACUGUAGAUGCUGCCGGAUCAGCGAAUCCUUCGCCAGCCUUGAUGCAAUUUGCCCAGAGACACGUCCUCAAGACAUUGGCUUCAUGUCCAUCGUGUACAUGGCGAAGAACCUGAGCCUCGCAUUCGAAAGGCGUACAGACUACAUAUCAAAAGGAAAGUGUGUCUCAGAGCUCGGCUUCCCGCAAACCGUACAUGGCGCAUCCAAAGCUUUAUCUUAUCUUGCUUUCCCCGAUCUUCAGUCCUUCACUAAAGGCAACAAAGCGAGGGUAACGAACAAUGCUGGCACGAUCUCAUCUCCCCCCAGCUCCGCUUUCACGUGGACAGGUAAGCCGGACUCCUGGCUGGAUGUGAACCGAUGGCGCACCUCGACGCCGAGAUAUACCGUCACUGCAGUGACUCCUGCUCCAUCUGACGCUGAAGCUGGUGCCACACGCGCUGGAGAGAGUCUUCCAGCUCCAACAGCGACGCCAACGUAUACGCUUGAUCUCGAUCGCCAGGUCAAAGGACACGCGGUGAAUAGGAUGCCGAAGCGGAAGGUUCUGAUGAUUGGUGUUGUUGUGUUCAUCCUUGGUUGCUUCAUUUGA